ACCAAGACGUAAAAGAGAAGCAGAAUAAUCCUGAGUUGUUUUAAGAAAAGGUUGAAAAAGUUACACAACUUUUGCUGAAACUGUUUGUUUGGUUCAAAGUCUCAUUUGUCUAAAUAGAACUUUACAUCUUAUACCUAAAAUAAUACCGUAGACAGGUCUGGUCAAGCACGUUUUAGUGAGUCAGGCUUGGUAUAAGUCUAAAUACAGUCCACACACACAGCUGCAGGAGCAGCAACUUUUAAUGAGGUUUUUUUGCUGUAUUUCUAAUUGGCCCAAUGAGCUCCAUUAAUUCGCCUGGAACUUAAAAGACUUUCGCAAUCCUCUGAAACUAAGAGGAUUGCGAAAGCUGCUAAAGUUCAGGGCGUGCAUGCAGGGAAGUCGGUAUGCGGCUAAGCGAGUUCUCCAGAGGCUGAUGUUUCCUGCAGGGAGCAACAGACCCGCGCCGGGCAAAGGUCGAUCUGAGUCUGUUCUGCACCUGACUGCGGCUGUCCAUCACCUCGUUCCCAGAGAAAAUACGAGAUGAGUGUCCAAGAGAAGUCGAUUGAGAGCAAUGGUGUUGCAUUCAUGGAUGGUAAAGCUGAGAGCCUCUCCAUCCAGAACCCGAAGACUCUCUCCCCCCUCCUCAACGGGGAAGCCUCCACAGCCGAGCUCUGUGGAACAUCUGAGCUGGAGGAAGCCACCGAAGGACUUUCACUGGGAGAGCCCAAUGCAGUCCAGGCGGACCAGCUGUGGAGCACGAGCCGACACCGGGCGGUCCGGCUGAGGAUGGAGGCCUCGGGUCCGGCCUCGGAGACGCCCAUGACGGUCCAUCAGCUGUUCCUGGAGACGGUGGAAGCGCACGGGGAUCACCCGGCACUGGUUUCCAAAGAAGGGGGCCGCUGGGUGACCCUGACCUGGAGGCAGUACUACGAGCAGUGCCGGGCGGCGGCCAAAAGCUUCCUCAAGUUGGGGCUGGAGCGUUUCCACGGCGUCGGGAUCCUGGGGUUCAACUCUCCCGAAUGGUUCAUCUCAGACGUGGGCUGCAUCUUUGCCGGGGGUCUGGCAACAGGAAUUUACACCACCAACUCGCCCGAAGCUUGUCAGUAUGUGGCGGCCAACAGUGAGGCCAACGUCUUGGUCGUGGAGAACCAGAAACAGCUGGACAAAGUCCUGCAGGUCAAAGAUCAUCUACCUCACCUGAAAGCCAUUGUCCAGUACAAAGGCGAACUGCAGCAGAAAGCACCAUUCCUGUAUACGUGGGCGGAGUUCAUGAAGCUGGGGGAGGAGGUGCCUGACGAGCAGCUGGAUGCUGUGAUUGACAGUCUCCGUGCCAACGAGUGCUGUACUCUUAUAUUUACAUCUGGAACCACUGGCAACCCCAAAGCAUGCAUGUUGAGCCAUGACAACCUGACAUGGACGGUCCACAGGGCGGCUUCGAUGCUCCCCUUGAAGCCCGCCGAGGAGGUGAUGGUCAGUUACCUGCCGCUCAGCCACGUGGCGGCCCAGCUGGUCGACAUGUGGAUGGGUAUUCAUUUAGCCAUGACCACCUACUUUGCAGAGCCAGACGCCCUGAAGGGCUCGUUGGUGAACACGCUGAAAGAUGCUCGUCCCACUUGUUUCGUCGGGGUUCCUCGGGUGUGGGAGAAGAUGCAGGAGAAGAUGAAAGCCGUCGGUGCCAAGUCCUCUCGGACGAGGAGGAAAGUGGCGACGUGGGCCAAGUCCAUCGGGCUGCGGUACACCUACAGCGCCAUGAACGGGGAGAAUCAGGUGCCCUGGGGCUUCAUGUUGGCCAACAAUCUGGUGUUCAAGAAGGUCCGCGUGGCGCUGGGCUUAGACCGCUGCAAGCUGUGCUUCACAGGCGCCGCCCCCAUCACCAAAGACACAAUGGACUUCUUCAUGAGCCUGAACAUCCCUUUGCUGGAGCUGUACGGCAUGAGCGAAAGCUCCUGCCCACACACCAUCUCCACCGACUCCUAUUACCGAAUCACAAGCUGUGGAAAAGUGAUGCCGGGCUGCAAGACGAAGCUGGAGAACCCGGAUGAGGACGGCAGUGGAGAGAUUUGCAUGUGGGGCCGGCACGUCUUCAUGGGCUACCUGGACAUGCCGGAUUUAACGGCGAAGGCCAUCGACCGGGACGGCUGGCUGCACUCUGGAGAUCUGGGGAGACACGACCAGAACGACUUCCUGUACAUCACAGGAAGGAUCAAGGAGCUGAUCAUCACUGCGGGAGGAGAGAACGUCCCCCCCGUGCCCAUCGAGGACUCGGUGAAGUCCGAGUUGCCCUUCGUCAGCAACGCCAUGCUGGUGGGAGACAAGCUGAAGUUCCUCUCCAUGCUGCUCACGCUCAAAUGCGCGGUGGACGAGGCGGGGGGGCCCACGGACCAGCUGGGUCCCGAGGCCUUGCUGUUCUGCCGGCAGCACAACGUCGCAGCCACCAAGGUGUCGGAGAUCAUCGCCAGCGAGGAGCCGGCGGUCUACAAGGCCAUCCAGGAAGGCGUGGAGCGCGCCAACGCCAGGGCGACCUCCAACGCCCAGAAGGUCCAGAAGUGGGUGAUUCUGGAGCGAGACUUCUCCGUCGGCGGAGGCGAGCUGGGACCAACCAUGAAGCUGAGGAGGCCCAUUGUCGUGAAGAUGUACCAGGAGAAGAUAGAUGAAUUGUAUGCGGUGGCUGCGGGAGGACAGUAGAUUCUACGUCUCAGAGAGGAGACGACAUCUUGAGAAAUGUAUAAAUCUCUUUUCACCUGAAUGUUAAAACUGUGAAAGAGGUUUGAAUUAUGUUGUAUUUAAGAGAAAGGAAGCUUGUAAUUUGUUUUUAUAUAUUUUUCUGUUGUCUGUUUCAAGUCAAUAUUUAAUCGAUUGAAUGUACAUUCUAAUCAACUAUGUUUUUUUAUUUCCCUUAUCCCGAAAUAAAAAAUUU